AUGGGACUAACUGGCGUGGGUCUAACUGGCGUGGGACUAACUAGGUCGCCCCUCAUGCCGCCACCCACACUUCCGCGAACGCCACGGUCACCGCCCAUAUUGCUACCGCCCCCGCUACCGCCACCACCUCCGCUACCGCCACCGCCACCGCUACCACCUCCACUUUCACCACCACCACCGCCUCCCCCCCCUCCCGCUGCUUCUACCACCCCAGCCGCCCCUUCUACCGCUACCCCCGCCCCGACUACCGGUAAAACCAUCGCCGCCCCCGCCACCGACAUCCCCAACGCCGCCCCCGCCACCGCUACCACCGCCAUUGCCCCCGCUACCGCUACCGCCACCCUCUCGCAGCGCCUCCCUCGCCCUCGAUCGCUCAGCGCCUUCCAGUGGCGCGUGGAGGCUAAAGAGAGAUUUUUAUAA